CCAUAAUUCUCUAGGGUUUUGUAGUUUAUUGACGUGGAACGGUAACUGUUGAUGACUGAGGAGAGCUGGGAUUUGUAGCAGGUCAAAAUGUUUUGAAGAUUCCUCAUUCUGCAGCUUGGUGUCUUGCAUCAGAUGUGUUGAGCCUUUUGGGAGGACCCUGGCUGGGAGGAGGUUUCUUUGGGGGAAACCUCUGGGGAACCAUGAAUCCUGCUGACUUGGCAAUGUCUGCACCCCUGUUCUCGAGCCUCGAGCUUGGGGCCGGCAAGCCUGGCUCCCUCCCAGGGGUCACGUCCCUGGCAGGGGUCGAAACGGAGCUUCAGAAGAUGCUCAUCGAUGAGAGGAUGAGGUGUGAACACCACAAGACCAACUACCAGACCCUGAAGGUGGAGCACACCAGGCUGCAGGAUCAGUUUACCCGGGGACAGAGCGAGCUGAAACGUCUACUCUCUGAGAAGCAGAACUCCCAGGAACAGAUGCAGAUCUUGCUGGCUGAGCUGCGGGGGGAGCUACUGGAUAAAACCAGGGAGUUGGAGGAGCUCAAGCUGCAGGUCCUGAGCCCCCAGAAACUGGAGCUUUUGCGAUCUCAGAUACAGCAGGAGCUAGAAGCACCAGUCAGAGACCGCUUCACCCAGCUGGAGGAGGAAGCAGAGAGGUACAGGUCAGAGUAUAACAGGGUGCGGUAUGAGUACACAUUCCUGAAGUCUGAGUCCGAUCACCUGAAGGAGGAGCAUGCCCGCGAGCUGGACGAUAUGAGACUCCGCCUGGAUGCUGAGGUAAGCCGGCUGGAGAGGGACAAGGAAGACCUGAGUGCCAGGCUCCUGAGCUUGGACCCCGAGCGGGACGGCAAGCGAGUUGAGGCACUGCUGCGCGAAAAGGCCCAGCUACACCUGCGGCUGAAGGGCCUGGAGGCGGAGGUGGCCCAGCUGCGAGCCGAGAGAGACAACUCCGGCAUGCAGGCGAAGAACGUGCAGCGAGUCCAGCUACGGCAGCUGGCCGAGUCUCAGGCUGCGAUCAAGGCCCUGGAGGCUGAGAAGCAGUCCCUGCGCAUGCAGCAGGACAGACUGGACGGUGAGCUGCAGCUGAGCCAGGAGCAGAACACGCUGCUCACCGCGCGCCUGCACAAAGCGGAGAGGGAGGUCAGCGCUCUGACCAGCCAGCUGGAGGAGAUGAGACACUCCCACAAGCUGGAGGUGGCGAACGUCAGGCUGGAGUGUGUGCGGGCCAGGGGUGAGCUGGAGACGGAGAGGGACGCCCUGCAAAGCAAGGCGGAAGGACUGCAGUCGGACAUGGAUGACCUAAAGGAGGCUCUGGAGCGGAUUAAGGAGCAGCUGGUGGAGAAGGAGAGAGAGAUGAUCCGUAAGGUUCAGGUGGCGCGAGAGCAGGAGCUCCACAAGAUGGCAGCGCUCCAGGAGGAGAAGUUGGAGCUGGAGAACCGUGUGACCGAUCUGGAGCAGCAGAGAACACUGCAGGAGGCCGCAGAGAUUUCCCAGAAGGAGCAGUGGGAGGAACGGUUCCGGGCCGCCCAGUCGGGCGAGGAAACGGCUCGCAAGGAGGCAUUGUCCCUGAAGAUCAGAAUACAGCAGCAGGCCCGUCAGCUGGAGGAGCUGGAGAAGGAGAAAACUGAGAAUGGAGACCUACGAAAGCAAAACCAAGAACUGACAGUACAGCUGAGUUCCCUGUCUCAUUCGGAGAGCGAGCUGCUGGAGGCCAACCAGAGGCUUCGAGAGGCACUUGAGAGGCUGCGGGAGGAUCUGCGCAGCACCCGCUGCCAGGCCGAAAGGGCCCAGCUGGAGGCGGAGAGGGUGCUGGAGGAGCGACGGGUUGAGUGGCUGCAGGAGAAGCACCAACUGCAGGAACGUGAAUCCCAGCUAGAAACGAAGGGCAGCCAGGUCCGGGAGAAGCUGCAAAGAGCAGCACUGGCCCAGAAGAAGAGGAAGACCAUGAGCGAGCUCAAGGAGAAGAAGCUUCAGGACAAGAUUCAGUUGCUAGAGGCCAAGAUAGAGCAGAUGGAGAUCGAGAAAAGCACAGAGAAUAAAAAGGUGUUUUCGGAGGAGCAGCUUCUGCUCCAGCGCCGCCUGAAGGAGCUGCAUAGGAGGCACGGCGAGUUUCGCUGCCUGCUCCUGGGAACGCAGUUGGCCCCCGGCCCCCCAGAUGAACAGCACCAGAGGCAACUGUCAUCACUACGUCGGCGCCUCGAGGAACUGGAGACGGUGCAGCAGCAGCAGCUGGAGGAGCUGGGCAGCCCUCUGUAGUGCAACGGGGAGCGGGAGAGGAGCAACGGGGCCCCAGAAUCCCGGACUCGCUCCCCGAGCUCUGGCGGAGGCGGUCCCACCGCUUGCUCGCUCACACGGCAUGCACACUGCGCAGUACACUGCGCAGCAUUCAGGUUCGGUACAGCGUGCCACUGCAGCACUUUCAAAAAAAUAAAAAAAACUGUCAGACAGCCUUUCAACACCCCCCUGUGGAUGUGGGUUUCCGUUAGUGUGGCAAUAAUAUCUUCCCGUACAGGAGGAUUUGUGAUGUCGGUGCAUUGGCGUGAGGGACAUGCUCAACACUGCAGGACGGUAACAUGUGAAAAAACAGACGCAUACGCAAGAAUUACCUGACUUUAAUUUAUGAUCUGUGUUUUUUUUUUUGGUACUUUACAUACAGACAUUAAAUUGUGCUGAAUUUUUACCAGG